AUGCUGCUCCUGCUAGAGUUACUGGUUACCAUUUCGGUCAUUUCUGCUCAGCCAGGAAUCGGACCACCAUAUCAGCCACCAUCGAGUCAGCCCCCGACUCCUCCACGCCCACCAACAAGACGAACCUCUCCUCCACCUGUAACCCUGUACACUCCGCCAGUAACCUCACCACCGUAUCAAGACACAUCAUCACUACCAUACUGUAAUCCAACGCCAUCACCUCCUGGGACUCCACCUUAUUCAUCACCAGGAACACGAACUUCGGGUCCGCCUACUCCUACUCCGUUCACUAGAACUCCGCCUACUCCUCCUUACUCUGGAACACCGCCUACUCCUACUCCCUUCACUAGAACGCCGUCUACUCCUCCCUACACUCAGCCUACACCAACACCAACCCAGUAUGUGUCGCCAACACAAACACGGUACAGCCCUCCUGCAACAACAUCUACCCCUGGAUAUUCUCCUUCACCAACUCCAGCCAACUAUCCUACCCAAACCUCGCCUCCAGUGACCCAGUAUACACCUCCGCCUACUCAGUACACUCAACCUCCUCCUGGUGGUGCAGUGACAAACCAGCAAAUGCAGGCAGCGAUCACAAGCUGUUCUUCGACGUGUUCAUCUUUGGCGUCGCGUGGGAGAGAUGCGGUCAGCAUCGACUUACUGCGGAAAAUAGCCAAUGCUCUGAACUCGAUUCGGAGCCUCACCUACGACCAAUCAACCCUGACUUCGUUGACGCCAGCUAUCAACAGAAUGCAAAGAGCGGAAAAGUUGUUGAGUCCUGCUCGCAGAACCAUGGGAUCCAUGUCCAUCUAG